AUGCCCUCCUGCUGGAAAUGGCUGCGAUGCAAAUCGCCUAUACGAAAGACAUCAACAGGCGCGGCUCACCCGAGUUCCCCCGCUCCCGAAGCGGCUAGCGGCUGUCUACCCGUCGCGGGGCGGCAAACGUUGACCUUGCCGCCAUCUGCUAAACCUGCCACUUCAGGCACCGGCCCAGGUACAGGCACGUCUUCAUCAGAACGGGCUCAUGACGGGCUUCAAAUGGGGCCCGAGCUGAUGGAGACUCUCAAGCGGAAUGUCGCUUCGGAAGAUGGGUUGGCGGGUUCUCAAGGGGUGAGCGAUGGCCACCGGAAGAAACCUCGGUUGAGUCAGGACCCGUGUCCCACCCAUGUCGAUAGAGCUGAAGCUGAAGCUGCAGCUGCGUCAGAACCUGGAUUUCAAUAUAGGUUAGAAUCUGAGCCCGCGUUGUGCGAGUCUCCCUUGCAUUUCGCGCUGCAGGGUGGCCGCGAUGAUGUCGUGAAGGCUCUGUUGGCUGGAGGUGCGGAUGUGGAGCACAUGGAUAAUCUCGGCCGCACCGCUCUAUUUUACGCCGUACUGGGCACCGAGGAAUCACUCCGAUCGAUCCUCGAACAGGGCGCGAAUAUCCAUCAUAGAGACUAUCGCGGCUUGACACCUUUGCUUUAUGCCGUUUAUCACCGACGCGAUCGUGCCGUACGCGUCCUGAUAGAACACGGCGCCGAUGUCACUGCAACAAGCAAUAUCGGCGACAACGCGCUGCGCUUAUGUGUGGAUAUCCAAUCCCCCAAGUCAGGAUGCCAGGGGACUAUCGAGGCCUCCCUGAUCAUGAUGAAACUACUCCUAAACCACGGAGCCGAGCUGAAUAUACGCAGCACGGCCUUCGACAUGACACCAUUACUGAACACCGCGGCAUUUUCCGACUUUGUUACGGGCGCGCAGUUGUUGAUUGAGAACGGCGCGGGAAUCGAAGAAGUUGACCUCAUGGACCGCACGCCGCUUCUUAACGCGUGUAAUACUUUCAAAACAACCGACGGCAGCAUGGCGCGAAUCCUUCUACAACAGGGCGCCGAGGUCGAGCACAGAGACCACAAAGGCAGGACAGCAUUGGCGUUGGCUGCCUCAAGAGGUCAAGACAUGACUGUCCGCAUUUUACUUCGCCAUGGUGCGAAUAUCGAGGCUCGAGACCUCGUCCUUCGAACUCCGCUUAUGCAUGCCGUACGGGAAGGCUGGCCCUCCGUGACGAAUGUGCUCUUGGAAAAUGGUGCCAGAGUGAAUGUCAUGCAACGAACAGGUCUGACUCCUCUCGCAGUGGCCAUCAAGGCUCUUCGCAGAAUCAUCGAACACUCAAAACGGCACUCCAACCAGCGCCAUGUCAAGGUUAUCGGCCAGUUGCUUUCCUACGGGGCUGAUGUGAAUCUCAUCUCCGAUGAGGCUCGUCGGAUAUUGAGUGGAAUUAGCCAACAGAAUGGCGAUGGCUGGUCAUUAUCGGAAAAAGUCGUCGCUGACGUCAUACGCGAGGCAGAGUCAUCGACUCGGAAUAGCAUUUGA